UGUAAUUUUUUGUUUAUUUGUUUUGUGUAUCGUUGUAACAUUUAUUUUAUUUUAUUUAAUAAAUUCUCAGUAAUAAACUGCACAAUGAGGGAAAUAGUCCACGUUCAGGUCGGAAGAUGCGGGAAUCAAAUAGGCGCAAAGUUCUGGGAGGUGAUAUCGGACGAGCACGGCAUCGGCCCCGACGGCCGCUACUCCGGCGACAGCGACCUCCAGCUGGAGAGGAUCAACGUCUACUACAACGAGGGCGCGGCCGGAAAAUACGUGCCGAGGGCCACACUCGUCGACCUCGAACCCACGACCAUGGACUCUCUCCGAGCCGGACCGUACGGCGAAUUAUUCCGGCCGGACAACAUCGUUUACGGAGCAACCGGCGCAGGCAACAACUGGGCUAAAGGAUACUACACGGAAGGUGCAGAUUUGCUCGAACCGGCUCUAGAUGUGAUCAGGCGCGAAGCUGAAGGCUGUGACUGUCUUCAAGGAUUCCAAUUUAUACACUCCCUCGGUGGUGGCACCGGCUCGGGCUUGGGGACGCUGCUCCUCAACCAUAUCCGAGAGGAGUACGCGGAUAGGAUCAUUCUCACGUUCUCAGUGAUACCCAGUCCCAAAGUAUCUGACACCGUAGUAGAGCCUUACAACGCGACGCUGGCAGUUAACCAGCUACUCGAGAAUUCUGAUCAGAGCUUCUGUAUAGACAACGAAGCGUUAUACGACAUCUGCUUCCGAACUCUCAAGCUGAAGACACCGACGUACGGGGAUCUGAACCAUCUAGUGUCAUCUGCUAUGUCAGGAGUCACAACUUGCUUGCGGUUUCCUGGACAACUAAACGCUGAUUUACGGAAGCUAGCAGUGAAUAUGGUGCCGUACCCUCGUCUCCAUUUCUUCAUGCCUGGCUUCGCGCCGCUUACAUCGAGAGGCAGUCAGCCUUACCAGGCUCUUACGGUCCCAGAGCUGACUCAGCAGAUGUUCGACGCGAAGAACAUGAUGGCUGCCUGCGAUCCUCGGCACGGCAGAUACUUAACCGUAGCAGCGGUUUUCAGAGGACGAAUGUCAAUGAAGGAAGUCGAUGAGCAAAUGCUGAACGUCCAGAAUAAGAAUAAGGAUUAUUUCGUCAAAUGGAUACCCAACAACGUCAAGACAGCGGUCUGCGAUAUCCCUCCAAGGGGUUUGAAGAUGUCUGCCAUCUUUCUCGGGAAUACCACGGCCAUUCAGGAGAUUUUCAAGCGGAUAGCGGAACAGUUCGCGUCCAUGUUUCGAAGGAAGGCCUUCGUGCAUUGGUAUACUGGGGAAGGGAUGGAUGAGAGCGAUUUUUCAGAGGCAGACAAUAAUAUCAGCGACCUGAUAUCGGAGUACCAGCAGUACCAAGACGCGACGACCGAUGAUAAUGAGUUAGAAGAGGAAGAAGUCGUAGAGGAAUGAUUUUUGUAUUGUUUUGUGAAUGUAUUAUGUAUAGUAAAUUAUUAAUGGAAGUAAAUGGAAAUAAUAAUAUUA